CCCAGGACUUGGGACCCUGGAGGAGUGGCGCUGCUGGCCCUGGUGUCUUCGGCUGAGCCAUGGCGACUCCAGAUGUGAGUGUUCACAUGGAGGAGGUGGUGGUGGUGACAACACCCGACACCGCAGUUGAUGGCAGUGGUGUGGAGGAGGUGAAAACAGUGCUGGUGACGACCAACUUGGCCCCACACGGGGGCGACCUGACAGAGGACAGCAUGGAGACAGAGAACGCCGCCGCAGCCGCAGCCGCAGCCUUCACAGCCUCCUCCCAGCUCAAAGAGGCGGUCUUGGUGAAGAUGGCUGAAGAGGAUGAGAGCCUGGAGGCUGAGGUGGUGUACCCCAUCACCUGCGGGGACAGCAGGGCCAACUUGAUCUGGAGGAAGUUUGUGUGCCCCGGCAUCAACGUGAAGUGUGUCCAGUAUGAUGAGCAUGUCAUCAGCCCGAAGGAGUUUGUCCACCUGGCUGGCAAGUCCACCCUGAAGGACUGGAAGCGGGCCAUCCGCAUGAACGGCAUCAUGCUCCGGAAGAUCAUGGACUCCGGGGAGCUCGACUUCUAUCAGCACGACAAGGUCUGUUCCAACACCUGCCGCAGCACCAAGAUCGACCUGUCAGGGGCCCGCGUGUCCCUGAGUAGCCCCUCGUCGGCUGAGUACAUCCCCCUCACCCCAGCCCCAGCUGACGUGAAUGGAUCUCCUGCAACCAUCACCAUUGAGACCUGUGAGGACCCUGGAGACUGGACCACGGCCAUAGGGGAUGACACGUUUGCCUUCUGGCGGGGGCUGAAGGAUGCCGGGCUGCUGGACGAGGUCAUCCAGGAGUUCCACCAGGAGCUGGUAGGGACCAUGAAGGGCCUGCAGCAGCGCGUCCAGGACCCCCCACUGCAGCUCCGAGAUGCAGUCCUCCUCAACAACAUUGUGCAGAACUUCGGCAUGUUGGACCUGGUGAAGAAGGUGCUGGCCAGCCACAAGUGUCAGAUGGACAGGUCCCGGGAGCAAUACGCCCGCGACCUAGCAGCCCUGGAGCAGCAGUGUGAUGAGCACCGGAAGCGGGCCAAGGAGCUGAAGCACAAGUCCCAGCACCUGAGCAACGUGCUCAUGACACUGACCCCUGUGUCUCUGCCACCACCUGUGAAGCGGCCCCGGCUGGCACGCGCCACGUCAGGGCCGGCCGCCAUCGCCUCCCAGGUGCUGGCACCGUCUGCACAGAUCGCCCUCACCCAGGGCGUGCCCGUCUCCCAGCUGGCCAGUGUGCCACUCAGCAAAGUGGUGUCUGCCUUGCCUGCCCCUACCCUGAGCAAAGGCCCCCCACAGGCUCCGCCCACCAGUGCCCCAGCCUCCCCACUGCUGGGGGGCUACACAGUUCUGGCCGCCUCUGGCGCCACCUUCCCCAGUGCUGUGGAGGUGCACCCGGAUGCGUCGAGUCUCACAGUCCUGAGCACGGCAGCCCUGCAGGACGGCAGCACGGUGGUGAAGGUGGUGAGCCCCCUGCAGCUGCUCACGCUGCCUGGUCUGGGCCCCACUGUGCAGAACGUGGCCCAGCUGUCCCCCGGGGGCGGCACGAUCGUGACAGUACCCACAGGGGCCGUCGAGGGCACCGUGGCUGCCCCGGGGCCGGACGAGCACACAGCCACCAUCGAGGUGGCCACUGUGGCUGAGGACCAUGAGCAGAAGUAG